AUGGUUUUGAUAAAAUAUUUCUUAUGCUGGUUGCUCAUACUCAUAGUAGCAGAAGUAGAUCAUCAUGUUCUGGUACAUGGCGCGGGCGCAGUAUUAGGCCUUGGAGAUUGCGCAGAAACAAGAUGUAAACACGACGGACCAGCCAUCCGAUUCCCAUUCCGACUCAAAGGCAGGCAGCCAAUCCAUUGUGGUUACAAGGGCUUUGAUCUAUCAUGCACCAAUGACAACCAAACUGUGCUCGAGAUGAUGAUCAUGCCGUCAUCGUCCUCAGCUAAUCAUGAUAAGCAGCAUGUCUUGGUUAAAAAGAUUAAUUACACAACUCAGGAAAUUGAAAUACAUUACCAAAUUGGUUGCCCGCCGGGGCUGAUUUUUAACCUCAAUUUAUCUUCUUCUCCCUUUGAAUUCAAAGACUUUAAUUAUACCUUAUUCAGUUGUCCAUCAUCUGUACCAUAUUUAUCGACCGGUUCUUAUGAUUGUCUGACGAAACUGAGCCCUUGCCUUGGAAAUAUUAAUAACCAGACUAAUUAUUAUGCUAUGCUUGGUGGAUGUUCCAUUAGUAGAAUGCCCCUGGUGUCUUGUACCAAGGUGCUUGACUACACAUCAGUUCCAGAUCUGUUUACCAUCAAACAGGCCAAUAUUCUGAAGCUGCUCUGGUUCAUACCUGAUUGUCGACGUUGCGAAGCUUUGGGCAAGGCAUGUAGAUUCAAGGAUGAAUUUUAUUCCACACAAAAAAAUCACACUGAAACUCAAUGUUACGUGCUCAAAGGUAUUUGUGCAGUUUCAGUGGUUGCUAUAGUAACAGGGAUUGUAAUCUCUUAUGUCUAUAGCUCUACCAAAACAGAGAAAGAAAGCCAGCUAAGAAUUGAAAGAUUUCUGGAUGAUUACAGAGCUCUCAAGCCAAGCAGAUACUCUUAUGCUGAUAUUAAGAGGAUGACAAACAAAUUUAAGGACAAGUUGGGCCAAGGGGCCUAUGGAACAGUGUUCAAAGGAAAGCUUUCCUCUGAAUUGCUUGUUGCUGUGAAAAUCCUGAGCAACUCAAAUGAAAAAGCAGGGGAGGAUUUCAUCAAUGAAGUUGGAACAAUGGGUCGAAUCCACCAUGUCAAUGUGGUCCGCUUGGUUGGCUUCUGCGCCGACGGAUUUAUACGAGCUCUUGUCUAUGAUUUCCUACCAAAUGGUUCACUGCAAAAUUUCAUAUCAUCAUCAGCAGCAGCAGCAGAUCAUAGGAGCAGAAAUGAUAAUUCUAAUUUCCUUGGUUGGGAUAAGUUGCAAGAUAUUGCUUUAGGUAUAGCCAAAGGAAUUGAAUAUCUUCACCAGGGGUGUGACCAGCAAAUUCUCCAUUUUGAUAUCAAGCCCCAUAAUGUGUUGCUGGAUCAGAAUUUUACCCCAAAAGUUUGUGACUUUGGUCUAGCCAAGUUGUGCUCUAAGGAUCAAAGUGCAAUAUCCAUGACUACAGCAAGGGGGACCAUGGGCUACAUUGCGCCCGAAGUCUUCUCUAGAAACUUUGGACAUGUGUCCCAUAAGUCGGAUGUCUAUAGUUUUGGAACAUUGUUGCUUGAAAUGGUCGGGGGAAGAAAGAAUUUUAAAGUUGCAGAGGACGACGAAUCGAGUACGAGCCAAGUCUACUUCCCAAAAUGGAUCUAUAACCUUUUAGAACAAGAUCAGGAGGACCUACGGAUCCAUAUUGAGGACGAAGGAGAUGUUAAAAUUGCAAGGAAGCUUGCAAUUGUGGGUCUUUGGUGCAUCCAAUGGUACCCACUAGACCGUCCUUCCAUGAAAAUUGUUGUUGAAAUGUUGGAAAGACAAGAUGACAAGUUAAUCAUGCCUCCCAAUCCUUUUGCCUCUACUUCGAAUUAA